AUACUCCAGAUCUGCUGCUGAACAAAAGGAAAGGAACCACAGGCGUUCGAGAUCUAGAGAAAGAGAGCAUGAGGAUGCACGGGAUAGGUCGGGAAGAACUCGAGAGAGAGAACACAACGACAGGAAUCGUGGCCAUUCGAGAUCACGAGAGAGGGACGCCGAUGAUUACCGGGAAAGACCGAUAAGAGCUCGGUCCCGUGAGAGAAGGAGACCCCGCAAUCACGAACAAUCAUACGAUCCAGACGUUUUAAGAUCUCCCGAAAGGAGAUCGCUACGCAGAACGGGUGAAAGAAUACCUGAGGAUAGGGGAGCCAGAGAAAGAAUAACAGAUGAUAGGGGCAGAAACAGGGAAAGAGUACCAGAGGACAGAGGAGGGGGUGUCAGAGAGAGAGUUGUGCCAGAAGACAGGGGGACCAAGGAUAGAGGGCAAGAGGAGAGAGGAAUCAGGGAAAGAAUACCGGAGGAUAAAUUGGAAAGAGAAAAAUCCUCCAGAGAAAAGCUCAGGGAGAAAAUUCCGGAGAACAGACUCAGGGUUAGAGAGAAGGUUUCAAAUGAUAGGUUAGGAGAAAGAGACUCGGAUGAUAAGCAGACGGAUGAGAAAACAAGGGAAAGAAACACUGAAGAUAAGACUCGAGAGAAAAAUACAGAUGAUAAGAUGAAAAAUGAAAGAAUAAGGGAAAAGAAUCAGGAGGAUAGACCAAGGGAGGAUAAGAUUCCAGAAGAAAAAGGAAGAGCCCCGGAAGAGAGAACAAAAGAAAAGGUUUUGAGUGACAGAAUAAAAGAAAGGUCUGAGGAGAAGGUAAAGGAAGAUAAGUCGAGAACAAAAUCCAGAACGAGAGAACCCGAUCACUCAAGGUCGAAGCCGAGCGAUAAGGAAUCUGAAAAGUCGACAGAAAAAGACAAAAAUUCACGUUCACGGGAAAAAGACAAUUUUGAGGAACGAGGUAGAAACCCAAAUGUCAAAAGUGUCGACCGGGAGGAGGAAGAACGUGGCCGAGGAAAAUCAAGUAAUUGUGAUAAUGAGGAACGAGGGCGUGCCAAAUCUAGGCCUCGAGAACCAGAAGAAAGAGGACGUGGGAAAUCCAGGACCCGGGAACCGGAAGAAAGAGGACGCGGAAAAUCCAGGACCCGAGAAUCAGAGGAAAGAGGACGCGGAAAAUCUAGGACCCGAGAAUCAGAGGAAAGAGGUCGCGGAAAAUCUAGGACGAGAGAUUACGACGAAAGAGCCCGAUCUAGAACACGUGAUAAAGAAUAUGAGCUGCUGAUGGAGGAAAAGGAAAAGGAGAAGGAAAAGAGCACUUUGGUUAGGCGCGAAACGACGAAACACGAGACACAUCACGAGAAAUCGGAACAUCAGAUCACAGAGGUUUUGCUUACGACCAAAAUAUAUCUCGAAGAAGCCCGUGAAUUCAAAGCAAUACAACUAUCAUCGAGCAUGACAGCCUUGGAUGUUUUAAACUUCUUCCGUAACAAUGAUACAAUAUCAGAUUCUAAUGCUUGGACAUUGUUCGAAUUCAUCAACGAGUUGGACUUGGAACGACCGUUGAGAGAUUGGGAGUGUGUAUCAAAAGUUAUCGGGACGUGGGAGUUAGGUAGAGAUAACUCUCUAGUGUUGAAGAAGUAUCCGUAUAGAAGCUCUCUCACUUUAGAUUCUCAAGACAAGAUUACCAUGUUUGAAAAUCCCGAGAACGAUUACGUGCGUUUCUUGUGCGCCGAAGAUUUGGAUUCGAUGAACAAUUGGAUUUUAAGCAUUAGAACGGCCAAG